AUGACUAACAAAGACCAACUCCAACAAGAACUGAAAGAAAAAGUGAAGGAGGGAAUUAAGCCUUCUCACUUAAAAAGAAGUCGUUCCUUAGGUGAUAUUCCCACUCCUCCCCCAGCUCCUCCUUUACCAACUAAUCAAGAAUUAAUUACUUGUCAAGCUGAAAAUAAGGAGUUGAAAAAGAAGAUUACUAAGUUAGCCGACCAGAUUUUAGCAUUAAGACUAAGUAAGAUUAAAGAGUUUGGCACUUAUCGAGAAAAUUUAAAAGAGGUUGAACAGGAUUUAACUCAGCAAAUUCAAACUGACCGCCAGGAAAUUACUAAAUUAGAACAAAGAGUUCAGCAACUAGUUAAAGAAAAAACUCGGCUUAGUGGUGAAAAAUCGCUAGCUGAAUGA